AUGCGCCCCGUCAUGGUUUUGAAGGGGAUGAUGAUGGUGGCGAUGGUGGCGGGAGGAGGCAUAUUGUCGAUGCAAGAACGAACAGAAUACAUGUGCAAGACGGUUGUUCUCCCAGGAGACAGAGUUGAAGGCAACAACUUCGCUGGGUUCUCAGAUUUCUGCGAUGGCGAUUGUAAUGUUGGAUUGAAGGAAAGCGAUGAAAGAUCAGCGAGGAAAAGAGGCGUGGGAGCAGUAGUUGUGAAGAGACUGAUUGCAAGUCGAAGGCAGCCUGGAAUCUUGAAGUCAUGCUCUUCGGUUGUGUUAUCGGGUUGGAGCCCUCCUGCGUUGAGAUUGCGCGGAUUCGGGGAAGAGGAAGACUGGGAAUCUGGGGACGACGAGAGAUUGCGCGGAUUUUUGGAAGAUAAUGACCGGGGACCUGGGGACGACGAGGAAGGCUUCAAGGACGAUGCUGAGAUUGAAGCUGAAAUUUGGAGCAUGCUGCAGGAGUCAGCAAGACUAGAAAACUACACUCUAACACGUUACACUGACAACGAGUCGUUUGCGAACUGGUAUGCUGACAAUGAGACGUUUCCGGGCUAUCAAAACCCUCCCCUAGAGGAAGCCAACGACGAAGAUUGGCCUUAUGACCCGUCUGACGUUUUCUCCAACAGUUUGACUGUGGAGCGACUGAAUGAACGUUUGAUAUUUGCAACACUCCACGAGCAGCACGAAAUUAUUCCGAAAAUCAUCGAAGCUGGAGCUCAGGUGAACAUCGCUCGAGACGCUGAAUUUGGCAACGGAACUGCCCUGCACUCGUGCGCUGUCGGCAACUGCAACAUGACUGCGAAAGUUCUUCUCGACCAUGGCGCGGACGUGAGAGCGGUGAACAACAACAACCAGACUUCUCUCAUCCUAGCAGCUGCGUAUGGGAACCUUCAUGUCCUCAAGAUCUUGUACGAACGAGGAGCCUGUCACACAUUGAGGAAGAAGGGAGGAAGGUCGCCGGGGCACCGGAUCCUGAGCCAAGUUGACGCCUUUGGCUACAAUGCACUGCAGUACGCGAUUGCAAAUAAUCAUCCGCACGUGGUAGAAUUUCUUCAGAAAGAGUUGAUGGUCGAUCCCCGUGACAUCGAGGCCUUUAACACUACAGUGUGCGAUUGGAAGGAGAAAUGUGCGGAAUUAGACAACAUGAGGGAAGAUCUGAAGAAGACAUUUGACCAAAUCGUCGAGGAACACACAGCGCAGGGAGUUUGGAAGCAUAAAGACGACUGGAAGAAGAGAAAUGCAACUCCAAACGUUGCAAAAAUACGGGACCCAAAGUUCAGCAUCAACGAGGAUGGAGAGAUAGACAAUGAGCAAGUGAGGAAAGAGAUAGAUGAGAUCUGGAGCGCCCUGGAGGAUUUCAAACGAGAAAAAGGCUUGAACAUGACUGUGGAAGAGGUUGCAUCAAGGCUGAGAUGGCGGGAGAUGACGAUGUUCGGGCAGAUGUUGAAGGAAGCAAGCAACAUGUGCAGUAUGAUUCAGCAUGAAUACAACAACAUGCAGGACAGUUGGCACGGCCGAAUCAAAAGAGAAGAUGGAACUACCUUUGGAAUUCGCACUUGGCUCGAUCAAUUCGUCCUCCAUGACUCAAACCGCCUCGACAUCAUCCCCGAAUCUGGUGAGACUUCUGGUUCUCUCGUGCUGCUGCUGGUGCUGCUGCUGCUGCUGCUGCUGGUGCUGGUGCUGGUGCUGGUGCUGCUGCUGCUUCCCCCCCGCCGCCGCCGCCGCUGCGGACCUUGUCUUGUGCCGCUGGUGCUGGUGCUGGUGCUGGUGCUGGUGCUGGUGCUGGUGCUGGUGCUGGUGCUGGUGCUGGUGCUGGUGCUGGUGCUGGUGCUGGUGCUGGUGCUGCCACGUCCUGACUCACUUGCUUGUCACUCAGAGCUCCAACCAAUCCCUGAGGAGAAUCCUUGCUUGAAGAAAGGCUAUGAGAAGGAGUCACUCAAAAGACUCAAGUACCAGUACAGGUAUUACCGCAAGCACGGCAAGAUGCCGCCCUUACGGCCCGAAGACGACUUGCUGUGA